AUGGCUUCACAGCACAACAACUCUUUUAAACCCCAGUCACCAGAAAGUGGCCUUGUAUUAGAAAACAGGAACUUCCUUCCAAGCCAGGAUACUUCUCUACAGUGGGAAGAAGAUAUCUGUAACUUCUCAACUGCUCAGCUCAACUUUCCCACAAAUGACAAUGGUUACUGUGCAAAGCAGGAACUGCAAGCAAUGUGGAAGUGGUUUACCUCCUGGUUGAAGCCAGAAAAGAGUAGCAAGGAGCAGAUGAUUUCUCAGCUGGUCUUGGCUGAGUUUCUCAAAACUGGGCACUACAAGGACAAGUCUGUCUUGAAAGAGAAGUGGGAAUCAAAUGGCAGAAACCUGGGGAGAUUCAUGGAGGAUCUGACUGAUGAGUGCUUGAAGCCUCCCAUCAUGGUUCACACCUCCAUGCAGGGGCAGGAAGCCCUCUUUUCUAAGAACAUGUCUUUAGAAGAAACCAUCAACCUUUUGAAAGAGCAGCAAUCAGCAAGAAGUUCAAUACAAGAGAGUGCAAAGACACCCUUGCCAAUCCCCCAAGACAUGUUAUUGACAACAGGACAUGAAGACUGGGAAGAUAGCCAAAACAAUGGCUGGAGCAAUAGUGAUGUAAAUGAUGGGGAUAGUCGUCCUGGAAAUGAGAUGGACUCCCUUUCCCUUAUCCAACAAGUUCAGUUUAAUGAACCUAAAGACAGAAGUGUUUCUGAUGGAAAUCCUCUGGAUUUAAGCAGAACAAACCUGAGAGUACAUAAGGUCAUACACCAGGAAAAUAAACCUUUCGAAUGUAGUACAUGUGGAAAGUCUUUCAGCAAUCAAACCAAUCUGAAAGCUCAUGAGAGGAUUCACACAGGAGAGAAGCCCUACACCUGCUCCCUGUGUAACCGUAGCUUCCGCCAGUCAUCCACAUACCACCGUCACCGGAGGAAUUGCCACAAAGCAGACUGA